AACAUCAAGUGGUCCACCGACUGGGGGCGUAUGUGAGAGAUUCAGGAGCACCUAUUUGCUGCCAUGUGCAGCACGGCAGGUGUACUUUGCUAUCAAAAAGAACAAAUAAGCAGUUUAUGUUUACAAAGAUCGAUCUCGUACUUACUUGUUUACGGAGAGACCUCGUCUCUACUCUUUACAAGGCAUCACGCGUUUCAGUUCUAAAUAUCGAUCUCAGUGAUCGUCGCGGGAGGAUGUACCUGCGUGCGUGUAACGAGGCAUUGGUAGCAAAUCUGGUUGCUGUUGAUAUCUGACAGACACGCAGCACUACUAGCUGUAAGAGCGCAAUAUAGUCGAGGACGAGCAGAAGGCAAAGCUAUCUUCAUAAGGUGUAGUGUUAUCAAGCGGUACUAUAAUCGCCUUUAGUUGUAUGCACAAAGUAGACACCUUCUUGUACCUGGUCGGGAAGAAAUAUGAGCGCAGCAUCCUCUUCGUCCGCCAUGAAGAAGGUGCAAAAGGGGGGCUCCGGGCCCUCGAGUGCCAUGAAGACGGCGAUGAAAAUAUCGAGUAGCAGCAUGAAAUUGUCGAAGCCCGCAUCUGCUGCGAUGAAAACCGCCAUGAAGAAAAAGGAGGAGAAACCGCCGAUGAAAAAACCUGACUUCUACCUAAUCAAGUCCGAGCCCCUAACCAGGAUGGAGAAAGGUAUUCGUAUUCCAUGCUGGCUGCUGAUUGCCUUCUAUGCGUACCGGUCGCAGCUGUAUUGCAUACUACGUUGUUCUGUCAAGGUGUACAGCACAGGUGUGCUUGAUGCAUGUUGUCGUCACAUCGCGUCCUUGUGAGGCCUCGCAGAACUACAAAUAAAUCUUGGUUCUUCCUCUUCCACUACGCCGCGCAUGACUGCACGGACGGCCUAUCCUGACACGGAUGUUGAUCACACCCCAAUACGGGCUUGCUGGUCCGCAGCUCCGUUUCAUCCAAGAACGUGAUGACGCCGGCUAAGCGCAUGAACGUAUUACUCCAUGAUGUCCAUGACGAAAAAAAAUCCACCGCACACCAGGCCCCACCGGCAAGAGCUUUGACAUGAAGUACUCGCUGGACGACCUGAUCGCGGAGAAAAAUUCCACUUGCGAUUGGGACGGCGUGCGGAACUACCUUGCGAGGAACAUCAUGCGGAGUAUGAAGGUUGGCGACAAGGCCUUUUUCUUAUCCACAGAAAAAAACCCAUCCCCAUCUAAUUUGUCAUGCAGAACAAGUAUCGAGUCAUGUGUUUGCCAUGCAAAAAAUGGAUGUGGAUGCGUUUUUUUCUCCUGUGGAUAUUUCUAUCACUCGAACGCGAAGCCCAGCGGCAUUGUGGGCAUUGUGGAGGUGGUGCGAGAGGCGUACUGAGCUGAUGUUUUGUAGAAGAGGUUCGUUUAGGAAAGAUCGAUGAUGAAGAUUUAUUUUCCUGCUUGCGUCGGUCCGUGCGUCGUGUCAGUGUGGUCACGUAUGGCAAGUAUAGCAAGAGCCGAGAGCGCUGCAGCGCUGCAUCAAGCUGAAGAUGUAUUUUACUGUAUCUUCGCGAACAAAAAUGCAGGUAUCCAGACCCGACGCAGUUCGAGAAAGACAACCCGCACUACGACAAAAGUAUGCACUGCAAGAGCAAGAACUGUUGUAUGGUUUUUGUAUCGUUGUAUGAUCCUCAUGAUGUAACGCCAUUCCAGCUUUCCGUAGGUACCCAUAUGUGCGUGAGAAUACAACUUGAAUUUCAGGUCCGUUUUUAGGCCAAAAUCUGAAGUAUUCACAUUGCUAUAAGCUCGUCUUCUGUGUGGAAGAAAAAAAUCCAUGCUCCUUUUUGCAUCAUCGAUUUGCCCGCUUAUAAUAAUCGAAUAUGCUCAUUCAACCAUGCUCUUGCAGUGGAUAAACCAAUCUUCGAAAGACAACCCAACCUGGGACCAGGUCGACGUCAAGUUUGUGCGAAAGUUGAAGCGGUUAAUUCCGCUCGAGGAGCUGAAAAACGACGCUUUUUUGAAAAAAUCCAUGCAGCUCGUGCAGGGAAAUCGGGCGCCCUCGGUCUCGGGCGUGGCGAAAGCGGAGUGGGACUACAUUUUGCAGAAAUUGGAAAACAAAACUGGGUGAAAUUUGUUAUCCUAGGACGAAGCAAAAAAAAAUUCUUCGUUCCCUCGCAUCGAUCGACAUCGAUUCUUGGAAGCUGAUGAGCACUGCGACUGGUUUUAUUUUCACGAACAAGGGGAGCAAACGUGAUGGAGUAUGUUUCUCCUGUGGCGUUUGAAAUUGAAAACGCUCCGGCGUUUAGUUGACAGAGCCUCAGCGUUAAUGAUCAUUCCGAAGCAUUAGAAAG